CAUUAAUAGAUCUUUUGAAAACAAAGCGCCUUACACAUGUGAAAGUGUCAAAGUGAAAAGAAAAUACCUUUAGCUCUUGAUACAGUUAUAGUACGAUGAAUGUAUGAUAUGGCAGGCAGUCAAGAUUUACUGAAAGAAACAGUUUUCCAACUUCUAUUACACAACCAAAACUUGGAUAAGACCCUUUCUGAGGUAUCAUCAUUUCGACAGGCAUGCAAGGAUGACAAUGUUUUACUGACUGGUUUGGCAGAAUUUGGCUGUUUGCCAAUAUUGAAGUCACAUGAUCUGCCAGAUGGGCAGUUUCAUAGUACAGAGAUAUGUAUGGAGAGAGUUGUAUCCCUUUAUUCUGACAGUGGCAAAAUAUCAGAAGAUAAAACAGCAGAAGUUCAAUCAUUAUUGCUGAUGAUGAAACAGUUGAAAGAUACAGGCAAGCUGAAUGUUUCAAGAUUGAAUGAUAAACUGCAUGGAUUGCCAAGAAUUCCAUUACAUUUCAUGUGGACUCUUCACCAAGAAGGCAUCUUUAGUAUUGAGCAAUAUUUCUGCAUACAAAAAGAUAGGGCAGUUACUGGGGAGAUAUUUGUUUCAAAAAUGUGCCAAGCUUGUGAAAAUAGACAAUAUGAUGUAAUAUCAGGUAUAAUAGAAGAUGCUGUCAAGAAGGGUAACUCAGAUGACAAUGUGAAGAAUGAAAAACUGUUUAUCUCCCUUUCUAGUGUGCAGCUUGAUGUAUGUACAAUGAAGAGCGUGUGUACCCAUGUGUUGACCAUUAUUCUCGGUCAUAAACCUGUACUUAAAGGUAAAAUAAAGAAGGUCUUACUGAACUUAUUAAAAGAUGGACAGUUUCUGUUGCCAUUUGAAGUGUCUGAGGUGUUGCUAUUAUUAAGACAGAUUCUGGAACAGCAGGAAGUGAACUGGCAACUACUUCUGUCAUUUGUAUCUGUUUUAAUGGUGUGUAUGCCAGAAACAGCUAAACUUUUUCUUGAGUUCACAGAUGGUUUACUGCAGGAAGGUUUAGACAGUUGUGAGAUGGAAACAACCAUUAUGGGUAUUCUACUAUCAAGGCAGGCCUGUUUUCAGGGACCACAUGUCUUCCUUUCCUAUUCAGACUGGUUUCAGAGAACAUUUUCUGAGGGGUCAAGGUCAUUGGCAAGUACUAGGAAAAGUUUCACAUUUUUGAUGAAAUUUCUCACAGACCUGGUACCUUAUGAAUCAGCACAUCACAUCAAGGUUCACAUUUUACACCCACCAUUUGUACCUAGUAAAUGUAGACAGCUUUUGACAGAUUAUAUUGUACUUGCCAAGACAAGAUUGGAAGAUCUCAAGGAAUCUUUGGAUAUACCUGGUAGUGAGGGUGAUUCCACAUCAGGUAAUGAAAAGGGUAAACAGAUGAUAUCUGAGGUUGAGAAUGCUGUAAAACUGUUUGAGACAUCAGGGAAAGUUCCAACAUCUAUAUUAGAGGCCAGUAUAUUCCGUAAACCAUACUACAUCGGUCAGUUCUUACCAGCACUGCUACAUCCCAGACCGCUUCCUGAUAUGCCAGAUAGUAAAAUGAGACUGAUUGCAUCUUUAAAGAGAGCUGACAAGAUACCAAUAUCCAUUUACACUACAUAUGAAAAAGGUUGUAAGAGGGAAGCAAGUCAACUUUUGGAAGGGGUGUUUAUUGAUUCUGAUACUGAUGAUGAAAUGGAGUUGUCUCCCUUUGAACUAUUGGUAAAUACACUGCAGUUGUUGAAAAGCAGAGUUAAAAGCAGAGAAAAUGCAGAUUCUUUUAAACAUACAGUUCCAGAGAUAUUAUCACAGCUAUGUGGAAGAGUAGAAACUGUAUUGUCAUUAUCUCCCCAUGUUAGUUUACAUACACCAGAAUGUGUUACCAUAGCAACAGAUAAUCCUAAACUUGAAUCUCUACAUUUAAAGGUGAUUGAUGCUCUACUCAACAUUGUAAAUGAGAACUUGCAGAUUUGUUAUUCACAACAGAACCCAGACUUUUCUUGGUUAACAACAUUACUCCAGUCUCUAAGUCAGUACUCAGUUGUCAUUGAAACAUUGUAUAAUAGGAUCUUCAUAUUAACAAUCAAACAGGGAAUACAUCUUGAAAACCAUCAUGUUGACUGUGUAGCUGCUAUUCUUAUUGAGGUCCAGUCACUAUGGCAACAGUUACCGUGUGUACAAAUGAAAUGUCAAGGUCACAAUAAUGAUGAUGUCAACACAACAUUAACUGCCUGUAUUAUAGACAUUCUUCCUGUAAGAACAAAUAGUUGGAUGAAUCUAAGCCUGAGGUUAACAACAUGCUGUAUGAAAUAUAUGUUUAGUAGAUAUGAUAAACUAGAGCGAACAGUCUUAAUUCCAAUUCUAAUCAAAAAGUUUAUAUAUUUGUCAACUAGACAGAAUGUUCAACUUUGUUACUAUGACAAGGGAAGUAAUUUGUCAAGGGAGGAUAAUAUCGUUAGUGCUUUAUACAUGUCCGAGAACUUCCAGCAGAUUGCCAACAUAUAUCCAUUGACAGUGUCUGAAUGGGUUGACUUGGAGAUUUCUGUCUGUCCUGAAGAUGAUUGUCUAACACAUUAUCAAAGAUACGAGUAUCUCUCAUGGAUGGUAUACAGCUACUUCCUUGGCAUAAAGCAAGAGGACAUUUACAGUAUAGCAUCUGCUGUUGUACAGGGAAUAGUAAAGUAUGAUAUAAGGCUUAGUCAGGGAAGUGAGGAUAGUUGUGAAUGUUGUGAACAAAAUACAGUCUCACCUAUCAACAGCAGGACUGUACUGGUUAACCUUGUUCAGGAAUUAACAUUAAGGUUUUCACAUCAGACUAAGGAUGGAGGUGAUAUGUUACCCUGGUUACCACAACAGCUGAUGAACCUUUUGUCAGGGACAGCGGAUGAAAUUCAACAACAAUGUAUAGUACAACAUUUCCUUAGGUUGGGUGUUUGCUUACCAGGGUAUUUGAUGUUUAGUGAUACAUUGAACACGAUAACCCCACAGAUUCCCCUGAACCUGAUAGCACAGUUCAUUACAAAGAUUAUUGCGCCACAUUUGUGUGAGGGACUAUUUUUACCUGCUAGUAUCACAGUCUUUUUGUGUCAGGGGAUAUGUCAAGUCUGUAAAACAGAUAAAAGUGAAGAAACGCUGAGUGAAAUGUGUAACGUAUGUCCAGUUUUCAUGUUGUCAUUGAUGAGAUAUGCACACCUUGUGAAGCAUUUACUACCAAAAAAAUUGAGGGCUGACAAUCCACUGCAAUUGGUCAUUGGUGGUGCAAGGGUAGAGACAUGUAACUCCUUACAUACAGAAAAACCAUGGCAGGAAGCUGGGGUUUUGUUCAGCAUUGCUGUUUAUCAAACUAACAGUGAUGAAGGAUCCAUUCUAAAAGACUAUCUUGAUACAGGGUCUGAUAUUGUCCAUCAAGUCAAGGUAUUGACCUGUUUUGUUCAAAUGUUGUUUCUGCAGUUAGCGUAUAUAGAACAUUUUGAGGUACCAAAGGUAAAUUGUGAAAGAGAAAAGCUAAAAGAUUUAUUGUCAGUAGUAUUGCAUUGGAGGGAAGGGAGAUAUUUGACGAAGAUGUGUUUUGUAGAUCGUGUUGAUGAAGCUAUUGCCUCGUGUGUUAAUACAAAGCUGGAGAGGCUAAUGAAUGUUACCAUUGUGAGGUAUUUUGCUGCGCACCAAAAGUUCAUAGAAAAAGGAGACAUAUUAGAGGACAUAUUUCUGACAGGGAUUCUGAAAUCAUACUCAAACUGUUUGGAAAUGUUAGAAGAGGGCAGGGGUCAUAAUGACAUUGAAAAUAAUCAGAUGCAGUCACAUGAUAUGCAGAGUUUAGAUUUGUUUGCCGUCCAACUUAUACAGUCAAUUGCAAAAGUCCAUUUGAGGAAAGUUGACAAGGACUUGUUGCUGAGAUGUGGACCCGUCAUUGCAGACUGUGCAAUCCAGAUGUUGUCCUCAUAGCCUGAUGGGACCCAAUCUUGAGAUUCCAACCUACCUUUCUGUUGAUUAAGUUUGGCUGUCUUGUUAUAUUCUGGUUUUUUUUAUGAUUUUUUAUAGAAAAUAAAAAAAUGUUGUUUA